CCGGCCUGCUCAGCAGCAGAGGCCAUGGCAGAGCAGAGGUACUGUGUGGACUAUGCCAAGCGUGGCACCGCAGGCUGCAAGAAGUGCAAGGAGAAGAUAGUGAAGGGGAUGGUGCGCAUUGGGAAGAUUGUUCCCAACCCUUUCACGGAGUCUGGCGGGGACAUGAAGGAGUGGUACCAUGUGAAGUGCAUGUUUGAGAAGCUGGACAAAGCUCGGGCCACCACCAAGAAAAUCGAAGACAUCACAGACUUGGAAGGCUGGGAGGAGCUCCAGGAUGGGGAGAAGGAAUUAAUCAACAAGCACAUCUCAGAAGCUAAUUCCAAGACUGGAAGUACACCCAAGAAGAAAGUGAUAGUCCAAGCUAAGCUCACUGCCACAGGACAACUAACUACAAAAGAUCCUCUCAUCACUCCAUCACCAAAGAAGUUCUCUGGCUUCACAGCCAAGCCGAAGAAUUCCGAAGCCGUGGCUGGGAACGCCCCCCCGCAGCGCAGCCUGUCGGCGGAGCAGUGUGAGCCCGGGCACAAGGACUGCCUCCUGCGGGAGUUCCGCAAGCUCUGCGCCAUGGUGGCCGAGAAGCCCAGCUACAACGUCAAGACCCAGAUCAUCCAGGACUUCCUGAAGAAGGGCUCGGGAGGAGAUGGCUUUCAUGGUGAUGUGUACCUGACCAUUAAGCUGCUGUUACCAGGUGUCAUUAAAAUUGUUUACAAUUUGAAUGAUAAGCAGAUUGUAAAACUCUUCAGUAGGAUUUUUAACUGCAGCCAAGAAGAAAUGGUCCGGGACCUGGAACAAGGAGAUGUUUCCGAGACCAUACGCCUCUUCUUUGAACAGAGCAAGACUUGUCCUCCAGCAGCCAAAAGUCACCUGACCAUCCAAGAGGUGGAUGAAUUCCUCAUCCAGCUGUCAAAGCUUACCAAGGAGGAUGACCAGCAAAGUGUGCUGCAACGCAUCACUCGCAGAUGUACGGGCAACGACCUGAAGUGCAUCAUCAGGCUAAUUAAACACGACUUGAAAAUGAAUGCUGGAGCAAAGCAUGUGUUGGAUGCUUUGGAUCCCAACGCUUACGAGGCCUUCAAAGCCUCCCGCAACCUGCAGGACGUGGUGGAGCGAGUCCUGCGGAACCGCCAGGAGGCCCAGACGGCACCGGGCGUGAAGAGAACCCUGAGCGUGCAGGCCUCGCUGAUGACCCCGGUGCAGCCCAUGCUGGCUGAAGCCUGCAAGUCCAUCGAGUACGCCAUGAAGAAGUGUCCCAACGGGAUGUACGCCGAGAUCAAGUACGACGGCGAGCGGGUGCAGGUCCAUAAAAAUGGAGAUCACUUCAGCUACUUCAGCAGGAGCCUCAAACCUUUCCUCCCACACAAAGUAGCCCAUUUUAAGGACUACAUCCCUCAGGCCUUCCCCGGUGCGCAAAGUAUGAUCCUGGAUUCAGAAGUUCUUUUGAUUGACAACAAAACUGGCAAGCCACUUCCUUUUGGGACUCUUGGUGUGCAUAAGAAAGCUGCUUUCCAGGAUGCCAACGUUUGCUUGUUUGUGUUUGACUGCAUCUAUUUCAAUGACAUCAGCCUGAUGGACAGGCCCCUGUGUGAACGACGCAAGUUUCUCCACGACAACAUGGUGGAAAUUCCCAACAGGAUCCUCUUCUCGGAGAUGAAGCACGUCACAAAAGCUUCAGAUCUGGCAGAUAUGAUCACCCGAGUCAUCCGUGAGGGACUGGAAGGACUGGUGCUGAAAGAUAUAAAGAGUAAUUAUGAACCAGGCAAACGCCACUGGCUGAAGGUGAAGAAGGACUACCUGAAUGAGGGUGCCAUGGCUGACACAGCAGACCUGGUAGUGCUGGGAGCUUUCUAUGGACAUGGCAAUAAAGGUGGGAUGAUGUCCAUCUUCCUCAUGGGCUGCUAUGAUCCCAAGAGUGAGAAGUGGUGCACUGUGACCAAGUGUUCUGGUGGCCAUGAUGAUGCUACCUUGGCACGUCUGCAAAAAGAGCUAGAUAUGGUGAAGAUCAGCAAGGAUCCGAGUAAAAUUCCAAAGUGGCUAAAAAUUAACAAAAUCUACUACCCAGACUUCAUUGUCCCAGACCCAAAGAAAGCUCCAGUGUGGGAGAUCACGGGAGCAGAGUUCUCCAGAGCUGAGGCCCACACUGCAGACGGGAUCUCCAUUCGCUUCCCCCGCUGCACCCGCAUUCGAGAUGACAAGGACUGGCAGACAGCCACCAACCUCCAGCAGCUCAAGGAGCUGUACCAGCUCUCCAAAGAGAAGGCCGAUUUCAGUGUUGUUGCUGGGGAGGAAGAUGAGUCCACAGCUGGAAGCAGUGGAGAGAAUGAGGGAAAUUCCAGGUCUUCCACACCACACAGCACUAUCAAAACUCCUCCAAGCAAGUCACCUGCAAAAGCCAAGAAGCCAGAAGAGAGCAAAGCAGUCAUUGGAUCACCUCAAAAAACGGAGGAGAGACGAGGGGAGAAGAGAAAAGCAUCCGAGAUGGAAGACAAUGGAAAAAAGGUCCUGCUGGACAUCUUCACUGGGGUGAAGCUUUACCUGGCACCCUCCGUGAAGGACUUUGACAAGAUCCGGCGCUACUUCAUCGCCUACGACGGGGACAUCGUGCCCGAGUUUGAUGCAGCCUCAGCCACCCACGUUAUUGGGGACACUGAUGACAAUCCUGGUGCUAAACGUGUGUCCCCCAAGUGGAUCUGGGAAUGCAUCCGGAAAAAAAGUCUGGUGGCCCCGUACUAG